AUGACCACCGCCAGCUGCUCGCAGAAUUCCAACGACGACGACAUCAUGGACAAGAUUCAGCCCUCGACCUAUUACAUGAAUCAGAACAACUUCGCCUUCUGCGGCUACUGCUUAAAAAUCGCUCGGAACACGAGCGCUAACCAGGGUGUGUCUGCUUAUGUCUGGGACGCAGGUGUUGCUCUUUGCCGUUACUUUGAGAAGGAGAACAUUAGUUUCACUGGGCAGAAAGUGAUUGAGCUGGGAUCGGGCACUGGAAUAGUGGGACUUCUAGCAACAUUGCUAGGUGGAAAUGUUACCUUUACAGAUCAGCCGAACGCACUGCAACAAAUAGAACACAACAUCGCCAUCAACAUCCCUGCUGCCUGUAGACACCGUAUAAAUGUCCGCCCCCUGAUUUGGGGUGAAGACCACAUUAGAUUUACCAACGAGUAUGACUUCAUUCUGGGUUCGGAUCUUGUUUACAGCUCAGCUUCGUACUCCUCAUUGAUCAGAACAUUGCAUUAUCUCGCUCAUCCAGAUACCAUCAUCUACCUGGCUUCCGCAUUCCGAAAAGGAAAUGGCUCCCUAUCUUUUCAUGACGUGCUUUUACCUAUGUACUUUAAAUGCUUGGUUGUUGACAAGUUAGCGGACAAGGAUAUUACUGUGUACAAAAUGACCAAAAUCGGAAGAGGUCCUGAGGACUGGUUCCUAACGUAA